AUCUAUUUCAAGCAGCCCCUAAAUGGCAGAAGGUCUGAGGUGUGACUUGUGCAGAACCCAAGCAGUACUGCAUAUGGUCAGAAUUACCCCUGUCUGUUUCCAUCCAGAGAAAAUCUUGUGGCCUUGGUCCAUUCCAGGAUUUUCAACAUAUCAAGUAGUAGCAACCUGGCUACGCUUCCAUGUAUACGAAUUAAGAGAGCAGACUGGAGAGCAAACUCAUCUCAUCCCACGGCUAAGCCUCCAGGUAAACUGAUGGACACAAUCAGAAGGCCGGUCGCAGCAGCUUCAUCUCUUCAUCAUUCAGCGGCAAAGCAUCUGGUCACCUUGGCUCAGAGGAAUGGAGUUAACAGGAGGUGCCUCCUCACUCUGCUGGCAUCCGUCGCAGCCGUACCCGAGGCGAGUGAAUCAAGAAAGGCCCUAUUGCAAGAUUAUGUGAAGAGAUCAAAGGAAAAUAAAGAAAAGAAUGACAAGGAGAGGCGGGACGACGUUUACAAAAGGAAUUACAAGGAUUAUUUUGGAUUCAUGGAAGGGCCGGUCAGAGAGAAGCCAGCAGAGCAGCUCACGGAGUCGGAGAAAGGAAUUCUCGCGUGGCUGGACAAGAAUAAGUAGCUAGGGUUGAACAUGUGAGGCGCCAACCCAAUAGCUGAAACAGCUUUUUCUGUAGGAAAAUUCCUUCCACAGUGAAGUUCUCAUCAAUGAGCUAAUAAGCUUAGCAUAUAGCACCUCACUUGCCUCUUAAACCUGAGAGUGUAACUUGUUCUGUUUCAUCAUUUUGAUAUCUCAUUUGUGAAGUAGCACAAAUCUUUGCUUGAUCUGACAGUAUGUUUCAUCUUUUGCAAAAUCAGAAGGAAAAAAAUCAUGGUGUGGACAUCAUUAUA